AUGAUUGGAUAUUUGGGCACCAUUGCCUAUAAAAGGCAUCUCAAACAAGGCUCUUUCAUUCAGGUUUACGCACCAACCGAGGAAGCAAAUGAUGCUGAAAAGGAGGAGUUCUAUGAUGUGCUACAGGCCGUGAUUGACGAAAUACCAAGACAUGAUCUCAAAAUCGUUAUUGGAGACAUGAAUGCCCAGUUCAGCCACGACCGCCAGGGUUUCGAAGACAUCACUGGCCCUUUCGCAUCAUCGAAACGCCUGUCAGAUAAUGGUGAACGGUUGUUGUCGUUUUGCACAUAUAACAACCUUUGCGUAGGAAACACCUUUUUCCAAAAUAAGUUAUUUCACAAGAUGACAUGGCGCUCGCCAAAUGGUCUCACAUUUAAUGAAAUUGAUCAUGUUUGCAUUAGUCGACGGUGGAGGACUGCUUUGAGGGAUGUGAGGGUCUUCAGCGCCGCAGAUGUGGGUUCAGAUCAUUACUUGGUCCGUAUAAAUCUUAAGCUCAAACUACAACGACAUGAAGGAAGAUCGGAAACUGUCCGACCAUUUGCAAUUGAAAAGUUUAAAGAUCAAAAUAUUGCAGAUGUCUUCACCCUUCAGCUUUCCAAUCGAUUUCAGGCUUUAGCUGAUGUGACAGAGAUCGAGUCAAAAUGGCAAGGCUUCAAGGAAACACUGACCACUUGUGCGCAACAAGGGAUUGUCCAAAGGAGAGGAAGGCGGAAGGAAGAAUGGAUUAAGGAUAGGUCAUGGGCCCUGAUUGACCUAAGGAAGAAGGCCAAAAAGAAGCGGGAUCAAGCCCAAGAGGUUGAGGAUAAGGAAACGGCAUCACGUACAUAUGCUGACCUUGACCGGGCUAUGAAACAGAGCUGUAGGCGAGAUAAGAAAGAUUGGUUGGAGAAGAAAUGCAAAGAAGCCCAGGUGGCUGCAGAUCGAAAUGAUACCCGCACCCUGUCAUUAAAGACCUAUCAGGAGCCUGGAGUAGUUCCUCUGUUCCAAUUAAAGACAAGAAUGGAAAUAACAUCAAGCUUGCAUGAAGAAGCAACGAAGGUCGGAUUACACAUUAGUGCCAAAAAAUCCAAAGUCAUGCAUAUCGGCGCUCAAGUUGACAUGCCAAGGAUUAAGAUUGAUGGAAGUGACAUUGAAGAGGUUAGUAGGUUUACGUAUCUUGGCAGCACUAGUGGACAAGAUGGAGAUGCAGAGAUAGACGUCAAAUGCCGGAUUGGCAAGGCAACAUCAGUCUUUCAACAAAUGUGCAAGACCUGGUCACCUACGUCAAUCUCACUUAACAUCAAGCUUCGCUUUUAUACAACUAUCAUCCUUCCGAUGGCAACUUAUGCAGCAGAAACGUGGAAGGCAUCAGCUCGUAUUUCUCACAAGGUAGACGUCUUCCAUCAGCGCUGCCUGACUGUCUCAUCCAGUCAGCGGUAA